AUGGCUGGAUACCCCGAGACAGACGUUCUAUCCGCUUUCGUCUGUUGCGAUCCUUGCGCUUAUCACAUCGCGAACCUUGGAAGUAGUCCCUUGCACGAGAACCUCCAAGCCGCCAUUCCGACGUUUGUCGACCUGGAGGACGAGGUGAAUCGCAAGACAUGGACGAAGAGUGUGGACAAGGUUCUGCAUGCUCGGUUUCUGGAGUCCGACUAUCCACAAAUCAUGCUCGCUAUCCUCAACCACGCUUGCUUGAGCAAUGCAAGACCAGGCGUAGACCUCCCUUACAAGGACGUACUUCUUGAUGUUUGGAGGCAGGCCUCAAAUCAGUUGCGGCCGCUGUGUCUAGUCAAUCAUGGCACCAAGGGGCAAGCGGCGAAUAUCUCCAACGUGGUCAAUCAUUUUCUUGGCGACGAUAUCAUCGACCAUAAGGGCUUGAUCUCUGACUCGACACUGGAAUUCCUUCAGCAUCCUGUUGACUCUUUUGUGCUGUUGCUCCGAAGCACCACAAACCUAGAGAUCAACCUCGGCACUCGAAUUAUAUUCAUGCGACUGGUUCUUCAUAUGCUUGAACAAUGUGCCACACUGGAGACGGACAUGUUCAAUCCACGUCGUGCAAGUGCGGAGGCCGUUCUUGAAUCUGCGUUGAGGGAAGCCGAUGUCUCGAAAGUGACCGUAUCCUCGCCGCACGAGAAUGGCUUAAUUGACGACUCAGCCUAUGACUCGUUCACAUCAAUAAGUGCAGCCUGGACUCCUGUGGAGACAACAUGCAUUGCAGCAAUCCAGGCGGUGCUGGUUAAACUCGCCAUGUGCACCAAAAUCAAAAAGCAAGAACAGCGUGCGGAUGACAAGGAGGACUUGAGCAAUCCUGGCGGCAGAGUUGAAGAUCAAUUACCCCCGAUCGUGCAGCUCACCUGGUGGCUUCAAGACGAUAUGCUAAGGACGUUGUAUCGUUGGCCGUGGGAUAAAACGAUUGCCGAGGAUUACUUGGGACAUCUGAGAGAGGAAAGCAUGGUCGCGACGGGGGAGGUAGGGAUGGUCGCCGGCUAA